UUAAUUUAGUCAAAUUGAGUUUUGGGUGUGCCGGUUGUUCCGCCCAUCACGGCGGGGAAGUACAAGGAGGGAGUAGCUCGACAUUGACACUGCUGCAUGCGGCGAUGCUUUUAGUUUCUUUCGCUUAACUUUUAGCCCACUCAAAAGGUUGACGUCGAAACGGUUUGGGGCUGCUGUUGCUGCUUUUAUGCGUACACAGAUUCUCCGGUUUUGGUCAAUUCGGGUUAUUGGACUGCUUUUUUAUUGUUAUAGUUUUUUAGAUUAAUUUAACAAGCAUCCGACGUACAAAUGGUUGAAUCGAUCAGGUUUUUUGAGAAUUGUGAUUUUUAGUAUAAAUUCGCUUGCAAUUCACAACUAAGUCAGCAAUCCAGCUUGUCUAUCAGUCGAAGAUACACAAAUCAUUUGAAAGAUGUUCCGCUUCCUCCUUGUAGCCUCUGCAUUCAUUGCAUGCGCCUAUGGUGCAUCCUUAAGCAACGAUGCCUAUGCCACUGCCAAGAGCGCUAGCGAUAUCCGUCCAGAUGGCAGCUACAGCAACAAUUAUGAAACUUCCAAUGGCAUAGCUGCUCAGGAGCAAGGAGUUGGUGGCUACUCUGCAAGUGGUGGAUACUCUUACUACUCUCCGGAAGGACAACUCAUCCAGGUCUCCUAUGUUGCCGAUGAGAACGGUUUCCAGCCAUCAGGUGCCCAUCUGCCCACACCACCACCAAUUCCAGCGGCUAUCCUGAAAUCCUUGGAGUACAUUCGCACUCACCCACAAUACGACGAGGCGGCCCACCAGUCCCGUAACGUCCAACAGUUCCAACAGCCCCGUCAGUACCAACAGCGUCCAGACUCCAGGCGGUUCUCCAACCAGCGCAAACUUGUCGGUUAGGAGUUAAAGAGUCUCUCGAUUUUCUGAAAGCCUUGUUGAUAUGUAUUAUUUGAAAUAAACAUAUGUAAUGUGGAGUAUAUACUGAAA